AUGGCGUCGUGGAUAAAACCGGUGCUAAUCUCUACUGGCUUCGUGGCCAUAGGCAUGCAUCUAAAGGUCAUUGUUCCGGCAACAGUUGAUUUCUCUCAAGGUCCGAUCAUUUUGAGCUCAUUUCUCUCGUGGCUAAGACCACCGUAUCUCUACGUCAUCAUAAACGCUAUAAUCAUCGUUAUCGGAGUUUCUUCCAAGUUUUACCGGAGCAUCUCCAUCAACAACGACGGUAGCAAAGACUACGAGGUUUCAUACGGCGGUGACUAUAAUAAGAGUCAUCAGACUGAACAACAUCAGUUCGUCCACCAAGCUCGUCCACGACGGUCAGAGGCGAAGGAAGCGGAUUUUAGUUUCGUCACCGUGGUUUCGCCGUCGAAAAUCAUCGUUGAGGUGAAGGAGAGUCCGGAGGUGGUUACGAAGAAGGUAGCAGAAGCGGCGGCGAUGGUAAAGGAGGAGGAAGAGAGGAGUAUAGUGGUGGUGGAAGAACCAGAAAAGGUAUCAUCUCCGGUUGAGAAGCCUCUGGUCACGGCGAGGAUCGGUCACCGGAAACUGGUCAAGACCACCACAGCAGAGCGAAACUCUUUCAAAGCGUUGAAAGUGGCGAAGCCGAGGAAGCACGAGACGUUAGAGAAUACGUGGAAGUUGAUCAUGGAAAAGAAGUCACCGCCUUUGACUAGUCAUUACCGGAGACCGGACACGUUCGGACUUGGAGACUCCGAACAACAACAAACCGGUUUGAAGAAAUCGGAGACGUUUAAGGACAGAACUAAGUUUUACUUGUCACCGGCGGUGUCUCGGAGUCGUGAUGAGCUAAAUCGAAGAGCAGAAGCUUUUAUUAAGAAAUGUAAUGAUGAGAGGUUCGCGUCGAUGAGACUCGACAAAGAAGUGACUCGUAGUAGUCUUUCGUUUUGA